GGCGAAUCGGACAGUGACGAAACUGCCGCAUGACGGCUGACCGUUCGCUGACAGGGGCUGGUGGGGGUAGCAGACCGGGCCGAAGCGCAGGGAUUUCCGGGCAGUGUCCGCUCAACGUGCAAGGGUGGUAGCAGCAGCAGCCGCCAGUGACCGCCAGACUCUGCCGCCAUGUGGCUGCCUCUCCUGCUGUGCUUUCUGCCGCUGUUGACGCCGGCGGCGGGUCUGCCCGCCUGGAUGGACCACUCGCAAGUGCCCCCGGCUGACGACAUCCUCUCGAAGGAUGGCGACGACUUCGGCGAUAACAUGAGCGAGGGCGACGCCUACUGGGUGGAGCGCCUGCCGCCCGUAGGCUCUCGCCUGGCCCAGUACACACCCAUCGAGCUGACGCGUAGCCUGCCAUGGCAGGACACCGCCGCCCGCCGCCGACUCUACCAGCUGGUGCAGCGCCUGCAAACCGCCGCCCGCCGGCGCCUAGGAUGGCUUGUCCAGCCCUGGGGUGCCCACGACGCUCAGCCGCUCCCAGAGGACCCCCCUCUGCAGCACGCGUGGUACCCGCAUCAGGAGUUGGGGCCGUACGUCUUCAAAGACACUGCACCCGAUGAGGAUCAGCUGGACAGGGAACCCGGCAUUCAAAGCACUUCUCCAAGCCCAAUUCAUCCCUAUCAUGUCAUUACACAAAUGGCUGCCCAUUCGCAAGAUGAUCACGAUUCUACAAUUGACCUUCCCCUGGAGGAGUUUUCACCAAAACCGCUUAAGCCUCCGUUCACAUUAUCAAAAAAUCCAGUCUACCCUUAUUAUUCAAUUUCGCAAGUAUUCGCGCAGAAUCCAACUGGUGUCGAACUGACCAACCAGCAUGGAAUUCCUGUGAACAAUGCUGGUGUUGCAGACAACUUCAUACCUCCACCUCCAGUGCACAGUUCAAAUCAUCACGCAAUAACUGCAACAAUGAACCAUGAUGUGAAGCCUGCACAACAAAUCCCAAAUCACCUUCAAGCAAAUGUCUCCCUAAUACAUCAUACUUCAACUGAUGCAGCUCCUGUCACAGUUUCUUCGAUGGAGACCUCAUCGCAAAAUUCUACUGCUCCUCACUACAUUGUUGCGAAUACAUCUGCUCAUCCUGAUCUAAAUUCUACAUCUCAAACACAUACUGCGCAGCAGCUUACGACCACGCAUAGCGUUAUCAACAAUACUGAACCAACUGCUCACUCUUCAACCAAAGUUACAACAGUAAGUUCGGUCUAUCCUCUCCAUACAGUUACGUUUCCUAACACCAUUCACGAACCAAACGGAACUGAGCGAAUCACCGAACCUUCGGCAAAUCCUUUCUCAGAAACGCUGGCCACCACCCAAAGCAGUAAUUCCCCAGUAUCUCUCUCUCAUGAUACGAAACCGACAAUUCAGACAUCUACCGAUAAACCCCAUGCUGCUUACCUCAAUACUUCUAAUGAUAGUGGACCAGUGACCGAAAUAUCUUCACAGUACACUGUUUCAGAAUUAACCGCCUACAAUUUAACUUCGGCAGACCACAGCAUCAGCGACAUAAAUGUUACGUCAACUAUGCACAAUCUUAGUUCUGUGGAAAACAUUGGGAUUACCAUGCAGCCUUCGACGGACGAAAAUUCUCAAAAUCCUCAACAUACGUUGAUCACAAUCACUUCUAGUGACUCUGGUACAAACGUUGCUACUACUGAGGUAUUGGUGGAGAAUAUUUUAGGAGAUAUCACUGAAAAUUACUUUCCAAUUACUGUUACAUCAACUCACAAAGAUGAAAAACCAGGCGACGAUACCACUGACAAAACUGAUCGGCCGAUCCAUGAAGAGACCACCACAGCAACCCCAAUUGCAACGCAUAAAACUGUUGAACCGUUGAGUACUUCAGCAUUUGCAGUAACUGCUGCAACUGUUGGACCAAAUAAAGCAGCUGAACUUAAUGUAAGCAGUACGCAAUUACCUGAUCACGUGCAGAAUACACCAAACUAUUUUGGUGUGGAAUCACAUGAUACAUUUAUGACAAAUAACGACGCGAGUAUCCAUGAUAAAGAUGAUUUCAGUUUAAUCCAUUCUCCAGAAUUUACUCACAUAAUCUCUGACAUAAUUUAUAGCUCCGAGCUUAGUGCCUUCCAGCAUGCAGUAGGAUCUGCUCAUGGAAACAGCGCAGACUCCAGCACGAAUUCAUCGACGGAAUACGUCAACAAAUUCACAGUCCCAUCUGCAAAUAGCACUUCCACAGAAUUUUCAACGCUCGCAGAUGUACAGUAUGAUGUUGUGGCACACCCCUCAGACAAUCACGUUUACAAUGUGUCAACGGAUCAGGAAACAAGCCCCAUAGAAGUAGAAUUCUCAGACGAAUACGAAGACUCGCUUUCUGUACCAAUAAUAAACUUGCCUGAAGUGUCACUCCAGGUAGUAAGCGGUUUAGUGCCUGUUCUGACAGAAGAGACAACCACAGAGGCUGCAGAUACAGACGUUGUAGCCACAGUGCAGACCACCACUCCUUUUGAAAUCAGUCCAGAACAGACGUCCAAAGGUUUGUCGGUUGUAAAUGAGCUUGCGACGCCAGGGUUAUCGGAUGUGGUUCUGACGUCCACAGUCGUAUUGUCAGUACAGUCUGCCGAAAAGGUUACGACAGAAUCUCUGGUUGACGUACCUGAAUCCACAGCCUUUAAUGGGUCAGAGAUUUCGAAUGAGAGCCAAUCGACGUUUAUGAAUUCCGCAACGGAGUCAAUUACAUCACAAGCACCGGAAGAGCUUGAUAAUUCUCAGAGCAAUUGGAUGCCAACAACAGAUCCUAUGAUUAGUGGUGACGACGAUGUAUUAAUAGAAUGGAACAGUGACACUGAAUCAAUUCGCGAUACAACUGUGCUCUAUGAUACUACACAACCACAACCUGUAAUUACAGAUAAUGUGGAUAAGAUUGAUAAUUAUUCGACAGUUACUGAUAGCGCAAGCCGUUUGACGACAGUUCUAUACCAAGUCACCGACCAUACUGACCCAUCAUUUUCGCAAAACGAAGAUAAUGCUCACGGUACUUCAGUAGAAGUCCUCCCAACUGAAGAAGACGGUCUUGUUACUGAAGGAGCAACGCACGGUGCCCAAGUUCAGGAAGAAACUACUACUGAACCACAUGCUGUUGCUAACAGCGUGAGUUGGCAGGAAUUUUCAUCGACAUCUUACCCUGAAACCGGCGAAAGCACUGAAAGAGUACACUCAAGUGACAUAGUUACGACCGAGAAUGCCGGCACUCCUUACCUUCCAGACAUACAAGCAUCAGCGUCUGAAGAGAAUGUGGACAUCAACAAACAAACAAUAGUGGCUGCUCAAACCAACAAAGUACAAAACGGCGAGUAUGGAGUUACGGGAGUCGCAGAAGAUGUGACUCACGCAGACGGUUCAACGCACUACUAUGGCAAUCCAAAUGGUGUAUUUGGCGGAUAUGAAAUUCAGACGACGACAUUUGUUGGAACUUAUGAAACCACUGAUAGAACUUACAUAGUAGGCGACACCAUAGGUAACAGUUCCGUUACUCUGCCGUCAAAUACACAGGUCUAUCAGUCUGAAAAUAAUUCGCCUCUGAAACAACCAGAUGAGGGGAGCAUUACAGAUUACGGCGACGCCUAUGAACAUGUCGAUUCGUCACAUGUCACGACAUACGACGACGAAACAAUGGAAGCUACAUCAGGAUUAUCAGCAAACAGUGGCCAAAAACUUGAAACGGAACAUCCUGUUGAAUUCGAUGAACAUAAUUCACAUGACCCUCACCACAGUUCUCAACAUGAGACAUAUGUCCCACACCUUGGUUCUCAAGAAUAUGUGUACGACGCCACUUCUGAAGAUGAGUGGGUGUACAGUCAUGACAAUGGUUUUUAUGAACAUGAGGAAUCUAAUCCUCAGCAUAGUUCUUAUGACAUUGAGGCAUCUGACCCCCACCAUGGUUCUCCUGAAUAUGAAGCAUACGACUCCCAUCAUGGUUCUUAUGAACAGGUGUAUGACUAUCACAGUUCUCACGAACAUGAAGCAUAUGACCCCCACCAUGGUACUGAAGAACAUGAGGAUUAUGAACAUCAGAACAGUUCUCUAGAUGACACGAACAGCGAUGUGGAUGAAGACCCGAAGGAAAUAAUAUCUCCACCCUUCUUCACCACUGACAAAACGCUGAACUAUGAAAGUAGCUCAUUUCAUCCAGAGAGCAAUAAGAUGGCAUUAGAGGAAACGACCAUCAUAUCAGAAAUACACUUUCCUAGUGGAUAUAGCCCAUGGGAAAAGGAUGGAAUAGUUAAAAUUGAACUCCAGGAGCCGCAAUCACAAGAAGACAGUUCAGAAGCAGAAUUUACAACACUGACCUCAACAGACUAUUCACAUACUGAUGUCACAAAUAUUUUACAGGAAGAAGCUGCGUUUAGCUACGUAGAGAAUGACGGAAAUUAUCAACCACCUGCAGGAAAUCUGAAUACAGGAGACCACAGUGAAAUGACAAUAGUACCAACACUACAAAGUGAGCCAAGCAGUGAAAUUAUUGUACCACAGUACAUAGAUGUCCAAAAUGGCUCCACAGGAAAUGAGACUACAUCUUUCAUUGAAGAAUUUCACUUUCCCACAACAACGAAUAAACAAGAUGAAAUUAUUGAUGGAUAUUUGAAACCAGAGCUGUCGGCAAACGACCCUAAUAUUGCCCAGACGACCACUGUCGAUUUACCUGAAGCCAGCUCCCAACAGCAUAUGGUAACUGUCGAGAAGCUUACAGCAGCUGAUGACCACACAGAGUUAAACGAAGUAAAUUAUGUUUCACCUGUCGCUACCAGUAAUGAAAGUGGCGUGGACAAUGAGGGUACCACCUACACAAAUGAACAGACCAUUGUUUCUAUGCUGGAAGCAGAAACUACUACGUUAGUCAUGACUUCGCUAUCAAACCAAAGUUAUUCAUUAGUGGAAUCAGGUGAGAUCAGUGGUUUCCCUACUGAAAGUACAUCCCACAUACAAAAUGAAGCAGCAAAGGGGAACUAUGUCACAGAUCAGACAGAAUUAAUAACGGAACUGUCGUUCCAGCCGGAGGACAAUAUUGCAGGCAGUACAGUUGAAAAUUUGAUAGAUCGCACUAUCAGCUCGGUAAUGACUAUAAUCUCUCAAGCUCAAGAACUCACUACAGCAGGAAGUACAAUAUCAGAAGAGCAAGGACGUCUUGUAGACCACCAUCACAAUCAUCAGGUGAUACCAGACGCAUCAGAAUAUGUUACUGUGAUUUCACCAUCUUGGACAAAGCCAGCAGUUCAUGACCCAAACAAAGAACACUUAACUGGAGAAUCUACAUAUGGCUCCAAUACACAGGCUGGCUCCCAUGAACAGCAUGCACAAGUUACAGGACAACUAAAUGUUCACCAUGACACAACACUAAUAAAAAACGAAACUCCACUCUCUGAAAAUCAUCACCACGAAGAUGCUCACUAUCACAAAGAUGACGAUGAUUUUGGUCAUUACCACACAGCUGAUGAUUUAGAUCAUGGUAAGUAUGACGACGAUGAUCAUGACCACAAGCAUGGCGACGACGACCACCACCACAAGCAUGAGGAUGGCGACGACGGCGACCACCACCACAAGCAUGAGGAUGGCGACGACGGCGACCACCACCACAAGCAUGAGGAUGGCGACGAUGGCGACCACCACCACAAGCAUGAGGAUGGCGACGACGACGGCGACCACCACCACAAGCAUGAGGAUGGCGACGACGACGGCGACCACCACCACAAGCAUGAGGAUGGCGACGACGACGGCGACCACCACCACAAGCAUGAGGAUGGCGACGACGACGGCGACCACCACCACAAGCAUGAGGAUGGCGACGACGACGGCGACCACCACCACAAGCAUGAGGAUGGCGACGACGACGGCGACCACCACCACAAGCAUGAGGAUGGCGACGACGACGGCGACCACCACCACAAGCAUGAGGAUGGCGACGACGACGGCGACCACCACCACAAGCAUGAGGAUGGCGACGACGACGGCGACCACCACCACAAGCAUGAGGAUGGCGACGACGACGGCGACCACCACCACAAGCAUGAGGAUGGCGACGACGACGGCGACCACCACCACAAGCAUGAGGAUGGCGACGACGACGGCGACCACCACCACAAGCAUGAGGAUGGCGACGACGACGGCGACCACCACCACAAGCAUGAGGAUGGCGACGACGACGGCGACCACCACCACAAGCAUGAGGAUGGCGACGACGACGGCGACCACCACCACAAGCAUGAGGAUGGCGACGACGACGGCGACCACCACCACAAGCAUGAGGAUGGCGACGACGACGGCGACCACCACCACAAGCAUGAGGAUGGCGACGACGACGGCGACCACCACCACAAGCAUGAGGAUGGCGACGACGACGGCGACCACCACCACAAGCAUGAGGAUGGCGACGACGACGGCGACCACCACCACAAGCAUGAGGAUGGCGACGACGACGGCGACCACCACCACAAGCAUGAGGAUGGCGACGACGACGGCGACCACCACCACAAGCAUGAGGAUGGCGACGACGACGGCGACCACCACCACAAGCAUGAGGAUGGCGACGACGACGGCGACGACCACCACAAGCAUGAGGAUGGCGACGACGACGGCGACGACCACCACAAGCAUGAGGAUGGCGACGACGACGGCGACGACCACCACAAGCAUGAGGAUGGCGACGACGACGGCGACCACCACCACCACCACCAUGAAGGUGAAAAUGAUGAUCACGACCAUGAGGAUGUGGAUGAGCCUGUAGCUGACAACACUGAGCAGGUCACAGAAGUUGUCACUGCUUUCACCAUGGAGCCUUCGGUCGCCACCACAGAGCCACCUCUGGAUAGUACUACAGAGCAGGCCUUACUGGCUGUUUCUGCUGCCAUUACCAUGGAAGAGGCCCCAUUCAUUACCUUAGGGGAGGCAGGGGAAGCUGUCCCCACAACCACGACUGAGGAGGUUGGAAGAUCCGUUACCACAACCACCACUGAGGAGAAUGAGGUGAUGGUCACAACCAGCAUGACUGAGUAUGAUGAAGUCACCAACACAACCAUGAGCAACUGGACUGGAAUGGCAUUCACAAUCAUAGCCACGACUGAGGAGGUUGGAGAGGCAAUCAUUGCUGCAACCUCGACUGAGGAGUUUGGAGACAUUGUGGCCACUGCUGCCACUACAGAGGAGGCUGGAGACAUCGUCACCACUACAGAGGUGGCUGGAGAGGUCGUCACCGCUGCUGCCACUACAGAGGUGGCUGGAGAGGUCGUCACCGCUGCUGCCACUACAGAGGUGGCUGGAGAGGUCGUCACCGCUGCUGCCACUACAGAGGUGGCUGGAGAGGUCGUCACCGCUGCUGCCACUACAGAGGUGGCUGGAGAGGUCGUCACAGCUGCUGCCACUACAGAGGUGGCUGGAGAGGUCGUCACCGCUGCUGCCACUACAGAGGUGGCUGGAGAGGUCGUCACCGCUGCUGCCACUACAGAGGUGGCUGGAGAGGUCGUCACCGCUGCUGCCACUACAGAGGUGGCUGGAGAGGUCGUCACCGCUGCUGCCACUACAGAGGUGGCUGGAGAGGUCGUCACCGCUGCUGCCACUACAGAGGUGGCUGGAGAGGUCGUCACCGCUGCUGCCACUACAGAGGUGGCUGGAGAGGUCGUCACUGCUGCUGCCACUACAGAGGUGGCUGGAGAGGUCGUCACUGCUGCUGCCACUACAGAGGUGGCUGGAGAGGUCGUCACUGCUGCUGCCACUACAGAGGUGGCUGGAGAGGUCGUCACUGCUGCUGCCACUACAGAGGUGGCUGGAGAGGUCGUCACUGCUGCUGCCACUACAGAGGUGGCUGGAGAGGUCGUCACCGCUGCUGCCACUACAGAGGUGGCUGGAGAGGUCGUCACCGCUGCUGCCACUACAGAGGUGGCUGGAGAGGUCGUCACCGCUGCUGCCACUACAGAGGUGGCUGGAGAGGUCGUCACCGCUGCUGCCACUACAGAGGUGGCUGGAGAGGUCGUCACCGCUGCUGCCACUACAGAGGUGGCUGGAGAGGUCGUCACCGCUGCUGCCACUACAGAGGUGGCUGGAGAGGUCGUCACCGCUGCUGCCACUACAGAGGUGGCUGGAGAGGUCGUCACCGCUGCUGCCACUACAGAGGUGGCUGGAGAGGUCGUCACCGCUGCUGCCACUACAGAGGUGGCUGGAGAGGUCGUCACUGCUGCUGCCACUACAGAGGUGGCUGGAGAGGUCGUCACUGCUGCUGCCACUACAGAGGUGGCUGGAGAGGUCGUCACUGCUGCUGCCACUACAGAGGUGGCUGGAGAGGUCGUCACCGCUGCUGCCACUACAGAGGUGGCUGGAGAGGUCGUCACCGCUGCUGCCACUACAGAGGUGGCUGGAGAGGUCGUCACCGCUGCUGCCACUACAGAGGUGGCUGGAGAGGUCGUCACCGCUGCUGCCACUACAGAGGUGGCUGGAGAGGUCGUCACCGCUGCUGCCACUACAGAGGUGGCUGGAGAGGUCGUCACCGCUGCUGCCACUACAGAGGUGGCUGGAGAGGUCGUCACCGCUGCUGCCACUACAGAGGUGGCUGGAGAGGUCGUCACCGCUGCUGCCACUACAGAGGUGGCUGGAGAGGUCGUCACCGCUGCUGCCACUACAGAGGUGGCUGGAGAGGUCGUCACCGCUGCUGCCACUACAGAGGUGGCUGGAGAGGUCGUCACCGCUGCUGCCACUACAGAGGUGGCCGGAGAGGUCGUCACCGCUGCGACUGUGCCCUUAGCUGCAGAGGCUGGGGAGCUUGUAGCCACUGCAGCUAUGACACAGGAGGCUGAAGAAUCCAUCACCACUUCUGCCAUGACUGAGGAGACUCGAGAGGCCUUCACUGCUGUGACUAUGGCCACAGUAGAGGAGCCUGGAGAGACUGCCGCCGCCGCAACCACGACCAUGACUGAGGUGGCUGCAGAGGCCAUAGCCACUGCGAGCAUGACGGAGGAGUUCACAGAGGAAGCUGCCGUAUCUGAUAUGCAUACUGGCCCUGGGAGUGCACGGGGUAUGGUGGAGCUAAAUUCCCUUCAUGAUGUCUAUAUCAAUAAAGGUGUAACUGAGAAAGUUGUGAGUGAAGAUCAUACUAGUGAAUCAAUCAAUGAAAUAGACACUUUUGUUACUCUGCAGACUGCUUCUGACUCAGAUUGGACUACAACAGACGGUGUCAUAUCACUUGACAGGAGCAUAGAGUCGGCUAUCACUGAGAAGCCAAAGAUACCUGUUUCAGAAUCAUACACCGACAGACCACCUGUUUUUCCAUCACCUGACUCGACUCUUCCUCACGUAGGCACUACUAAUGAUAGAGAUGGGGGACUAGCAAGAAAUGUGUCAAUAUACCAUACAACUGGACACGCUGACGAAAAAUUGGUACAUAAAGAGCUCGUCAAAGAAGCGGAACAGCGCAUCGUACAAGUGACGCCUGCUCUAACAUUACUGCUCCAUCGCCUGCUCGCUGAAAAUGAGCCAACAGUUUUGUCGGCCUCUAGUGACAGACUGGGGAAGAUUCUACAUUUCGCAAAGUCAAAGCUAGAAGAAAAGGCCCGAGAUUUCAAAUUACCAGUACACAAGGACGUUUCUGGCGAAAGUGACACAGUAGCAGGACCAAUAUCGGUUAGGCAAUUUGGCAGUGAAACGGGGACAGAAGAGACACCUGCUGACGAGACUGCGACAGAAAUGAACGGAGAAUACAUAGAGCUGACGGCAGAGGACGUCCUGCUCCUCAUUCCUAUCAUAAUAGAGGAACUGAAGAACGGAGUGAUGACAGCAGAGGAGCAAGAACUGUUCCGAGGGGUUUUCGGAGAUCUGUGGCCCAUCAUCGUCGCAGAGGCCGCCGCUAGAAGGCACAGGGACGAGAUGGCGGCCGCCCGCCCGAGGGAGAACGCUCCAGCAGGGUCAGCAGAGGCGAGGCGGCGGCGCUCGGCCUCCAUCCGCAGCCUACUGUUCGGGGAGUCGGGGACGGCCAAGAUCAGCUCCAGUGGCGCAGUGGAGAGCCACCGAGGGGCGCCGCUCCUGUCUGAGGAAGUGCUCUUCUACGAAGGGGCCGACAACGGCGCGGAGGCGGUGGACACGAGACCACGUGGCAGACCCAGCAGUCAGCAGCGCCGGCGCCACCACCAUCGCCAACCCAGAGAGGACGUAGCUGCGCCGGCUGCUUGA